UCGGUCUGGAACUGCAGGGCUGUUUAGAAUGAUCCUUUCAAGGAGGAUAACCUAAUAAAGAAACAAAGGGUUUCAAAAAUAAUCGGUAUACUUGUAGCUUAAACAAAGACAUCGACAAUGAGAUGCAAUUUAUGCAAAUUGACAGUUAAUUGGAAUGAAUAAUGAGGAACUUCUACUAUUACACUGUUUUCCAUGAUAUGACCUUGACGCAUGUAAGAUAUUUUGUUAAAUCCCGGUUUUUAUCAAUCGCCUGAGAUUUGCGUUAAUAAUUCAGCAAAAAAAUCAAAUUGACACGGCAACAAUCGUAGUUAGUAGGCGCGAGACAAAACCCUGGUUGCGUGACUACUCUGGGCUUUUAUGACCUCUCUGGGUCAGGCCACACCUAUCCGAGCUUCCUGUUUGAUUAUAUCUGCGGCGUACUUGUACUCUGUGUCGUAGUGCCUCGUAUGUCCUUUCUGUGAAGUAUAGAUUUGAGUGUUUGACUUGGAUCUCAUAAUGAGGCAUCACUGGACCCCAGGACAGUACCUUUAAGGAUUUGAACCACGGCAACUAUCAACAACUGGCGGGGAGACGCCAGUUGACGUUUGUAGACCAUUACGAGGCUAAAGUGAAGGUGUUGUUCGGGUCAACGAACAGAUAGGGAGUUUGGAAAGAAACAGUUUGGAUUAGCAGAGCGGUUUAAACAAGCUUUAAGAGUUAAAGAGUUGUGAAGAACUGUCACCCACGGCCACGACAAGUGGUUGCUCCAACCAACUACUAGACUACAACAACAACGAUCGGUGGUUCACGAUGAGGAAGGGUGUGAGGCUGGGCGGCGGUCGAAGGGCCGGGGGACGAAGGGCCCGGGCCGGGGGGCACCGCAGAGCUGUCCGCUACCGUAUCGGGCCCGGCCGCGGGACUUCCAAGAAAACUGGCAUUGCCAUUAGUCUGUCCAUCUCUGGAGUUGUAAUGAUCAUAAUCGGCAUCAAGCUCACCGCUAUAUUUGCCUCCACGGGUGGCGCCGUGGUAGCUGUGGGUGCCUGUUUACUAGUCGUCGGGUUUCUGCUUUUCCUGGCCGGCUUGUGCUGCUGUUACCGACAGCGGAAUAAGGAUCGUUCCGCCGCCAAUACACAGGGACAGCAGCCGGGAUUUGACGCCACAGACACAGCAACCGUGACCACGACAACCUUCAACCAAGAUGGUCAAACUGUCAGCAGCACGCAACAACAGAUGGGAGGGGUGACGGUGCAGCCGGACGGUACAACCAUGCACGGUCUGACUGUAGUCGGCGUACAGCAGCAACAAAACCCUCAGCUUCAACAGAUGAUGUCUGCGCUCUUCCAGCAAAUGCAGGACCCUCAAGUUCAACAACAACAGCGAGAGAUGAUGCAAGACCCUCAGUUUCAACAGAUGUGGUCUAGCCAGGCUCAGCAAAUGCAAGACCCUCAAUUCCAACAGACGCUAAGCCAACAACAGGAAGAGAUGAUGUCCAACCCGCAAUUUCAACAGAUGAUGCAACAACAACAACAAGCGAUGAUGUCUAACCCACAAUACCAAGAGUUGAUGUCAAACCUCGCCGAGCAAAACCCUCAAUUUCAACAGAUGAUGUCAAGCAUGGGUCAGCAAAGUGCGGGGCAGCCGUACCCUGGAUCCCAACCCUACCCAGGACCAGCGGCGGCCGGGGGAUUCGGUCCUGCGCCCUCGGCACCACCGCCCUCGGGACCAGCACCCCCACCUCAGUACGGCUUUACCUACAACACCUCGGACAACUACAACACGCAGUACUCGGCUGGUACCAGCGAUCUGCCGCCACCACCAGCGUACAGCACAGUAGUCAACGAGAAACUCUAGCAGUUCACAGACCACCGACGAGCUAGGAAGAGAUUUCUAUAGUAUUCUUACAAAAUGCCAACAGAGAACUGUAUAUUUACAGAACUAAAGAUAUAUAUUUCCACAACAAGAAGCUGUAAAUAGUCAUUUUAAGCAAAAUAACUCUAGCUUCGACUCAUAAAAAGAAUAUGAAUAUUUUUUUUUACAAAAACAUUCCAAGAACAUUGCCAAAAGCUGUCAGAAAUUAUUGAGUACAUUCGCACACUGCUAAAGAUAUGAGAGAUUUUUUUUGUGAACAUUCCAAAAAUCUAUGAGGAAUUUCGUGGGGAAUGUGCCAUACAAACCUUCAUAUGCACAUGUCAUAUCUGUACAAAUGUGAUGAUUGUAUCAUUUGUCAUAUUGGCUAGUAAUGGAUAUUGACAUAAAUUCUACUCCUGGUCCAAAUAUUGCACGUAACAUUUUUAUAUAUUUCUUGUGUUUUUUUUACACUAAAGGUCAAUGAAACUCAGUUUUUUUUUGGCUAUUACUAGUAUAAUGUAGUUAACAUGGGUAUUCAUCCUCUAUUUUUGUAUACUGUCUGUAAAGUAUCGAAUGAGGCUGUAAAUUUACAAUGAUAUAACGUUUCUAUAUAUAUAUUGAUGGCUAUUCCAUGUGAAAGUUUUUAGAAGGAUGCAUACAAAUACCCCCUCUCUUGUAAAGUUAACUUGACGUUUUCUUAUUUUUACAUUUUUGCUUUCAGUGAAAAUAUCGAGCACCCCUUCACCUUUACUUGGAAUAUUCCUGACAAAUUUCAAAAUGAGUAAUUUGUUAUACAUAUGUAUAUAUCUAACAAUAUGUAUAUAUUCAAAAAAAAUUCUGUGGACUGAAAUCGUUUUUGAUUAAACCGUGACCAAACAA